AUGAUGAUGAUGAUGAUGGCCAUCCCCGGCGAGGGCGCAGGCUCGGUCCAACUCCAACUCCAACUCCAACUCCUCCCCGGGCCCUCCUCAGGUUUCCUCUCCUGGUUCCGCAACGGGCUGCUGGCGACCGGCGUGGGGGUCAUUUCGUACGUGCAGAGCGACGUGGGGCGAGAGGCGGCUUACGGUUUCUUCAUCCUGGGGGGAAUCUGCGUGUCCUACGGCAGCUUGUCCUACCUGUCCAGCCUCGUCCUUCUGCGCCGCACCAUGAUGCUCUCGUUCUCCGUGGCCCUCUUCAAUGGCGCGACAGUCACCCUGGUAGCACUCUUCUGGCUCUGCGCCAUCUGCCUCUACAUCGGGCGCCUGGAGGUGGAGAUCAUCCAGGAUGAGGACAGCAACGAGUACCUGGAGAAGGAGGAUGACUAUGGGAAGACCGACAAGUAAGAGCCCCGGUCUCGCUUGGGACAACCCUGUUAAAGCGUCUUUCGACAUCGUCCUGGGAACUGAGUUUGAACGCGAGUGUCUGUCUCCAGGCCCCGCUAUCCAGCUGGUGUCAGAGGGCAGGAAGAAAGGGCAGCCUCAUAGUGUGUAAGACUGCUGGCUGCUUUGUGUUUGUUUUAAUGUUCUUCACGUUGGCCUUGGGAAUUGGCAAGAAGAAAUUAGGCCCUUAGCGGGAAAUGCAGAUGAGGGGAGCAGCGGUGGGGGCCUGGUUUCCUGACUGGAAGCGCCUGUUGCCAUCCGGCUGGGAUCCAGUUUUCCCUUCUCCCCUGCAUGUCCGGGCUCUCCUCCAGCCAGAAUCGGGCGAUGCACCCUAGAAACGCCAAGCUGCGAUCGUUCCCGUCGCUACUCUGGUGUGGCUUACGCUAUUGAAUUGUCAUCAUGCGUCCAGGCUGCAGCCUCUGCCACUUGCGCCUGUUUUGCAUCCAGAUCAGUUAAGGUUUGUAUUAAAAACGCCCGAACAAAAGUG